UCUGGACCAUGCAUCUGUGUGGCUGUGGCAAACAGUUCUGAGGUCUGAGCAAUGGCGGCCGUCCAGUUUGCAGCAGCAGGAGUCCUCACCGGCCUUCUCGCUCUCGCAACACUUGCAAGCUGCAACACUGAUGGCGACAUACUGUACAAGCAGAGGCUGGCAUGGGAGGAUCCAAACAACGUGCUGCAGAGCUGGGAUCCAACCCUCGCCAAUCCCUGCACGUGGUUUCAUGUUACCUGCAACCUGAACAACUCCGUCAUCCGCGUGGAUUUGGGAAAGGCAGGCAUCUCCGGCCCCCUGCUUCCAGAUCUUGGAGCACUUGAGAGCCUCCAGUACAUGGAGCUGUUCGGCAACAGCCUGAACGGUUCGAUUCCGUCAACGCUGGGCAACCUGACUGAUCUCAUCAGCUUGGAUCUCUGGGACAACCUGCUUACCGGCCCAAUCCCAACUACGCUUGGUUCCAUCAGCACGCUGCGAUAUCUGAGGUUGUACGAGAACAACCUGACAGGGCCUAUACCACCAUCGUUUGGCAAUCUGACUAGCCUUCUGGAACUGAAGCUCCACAGGAAUUCGUUGAGCGGUUCGAUUCCGGCCUCCCUUGGCAACAUCAAAUCGCUGCAGUUCUUGAAAUUGAACGAGAAUAUGCUGACCGGCACGGUUCCAUUGGAAGUCCUCUCCCUUGUCGUUGUUGGCAACCUGACCGAGCUAAAUAUUGCAAGAAACAACCUCGAUGGCACUGUGAGAUCAUCCGGACUUAGAGUGACUGCGGUUAUCCAGGACAUGAGGAUUGCAUGAUGGCUUGAAGAGUCCUGGAUCAAGGCUUUGUUUUAAUUUGCUUCAUGUUUUAAUUUGCUUCAUGUAGACACUGCAAAUAAAUGAAUAAUUGCAAUGGGAUACAUUGGCCUAGAUUAUUCAAU